UUCGGAGAGAUAGGUGCGCUUAAAUUUCAAAUUAAGUUCGGAGCCAAAUAUGCAGUAUACGCUAUUCUACCUUGGGGAAAGGGCUGAUGCCGCGUAUGAAAACCGGUCGACGAGACCCCCCUGGCACGGACGGUACGGACCCUCAACCGGCGUUGCUCGCCUUCGCGUCACACUCGUCACGUGCGUACCAUAUCGCCUUCGGCCUUCACCAGGCGGGUUUCGAUGAGCUCGAUGCACAACGCCUCGCGUCUGUUGCCUCGAAAACAACGAAACGAACGCCCGCGGAAGCAUGUGCUGCACGCAAGUCUAUCCGCGUUCAGGAGGCGCUCAUCCCUUCAGCGUAAGACUUCAAGACGCAGAACCGGCCGAGAGUCCACCUUGAAAAAGCCACAGACCCGGCUUUCAUGAAGGCAUGAAAGAGUACACACUUUUGGCAGUUGUGACCUUACUGUUCCUGGUCGGUGCACUAUGUUCGGAGUGGGAUUGCAAUGUAACACUUCCCUGGAGCGUGGACAACAGCGAUCAUCCAGUCAUACCGCACGGCGUCCUCCAAGAUCUUCUUCGUUGUCCACACGAACUUCAUGGCUGCAGCCCUUCACCGAUUGUUUGCGACGAGCAGCUCUUCGCGGUGACGUGUUCGUGCGCAAAGAACUGUGAACUUUACGGUGACUGUUGUUGGGAUGCUGGGCCCAAUUUGUCGUCGAGAACGCCGGCAACCUGCGUGGCGCGGAACGUCGAUCACCAUUUCGGAAGAAACUUCUACGUUAUCUCUGUGUGCGACCCAAAGUGGCCGGAUGACGGCGUGCGCCAAUCGUGUGAGAAUGCGACGAACUCGAAGGAGGCUUUCUACAUGAUACCAGUGACCACCAGAAAGAUGGUGACGUACUUCAAUGCUUUUUGUGCUCUGUGCAAUUACGACUUGGACGGCACAGCGACGUUUUGGAAUUCCUCAGGAACACCCCAAACUGGAUUUCAGGUUGACCUUCCGCCAGUGGUUUUGAAGCACAUGGAUACUUUUCUCAGGCCUUGUGACCCUCAUUUAGUGAACGUACAUAGUUGCCCCGAAAUGGCAGACAAGGAAAUGGCGCGGAAAUGCAAUACUUACUUUGCUCCUGUCGAACACAUAGACAAUGAUUCGGAUGUUGUCUACAAGAAUGUGUACUGCGGGCUUUGCAAUGGGGCUGAGCUGUCUUCAUUGAAGUGCAUUCCAAAACGAGCAGUUCGAGAGACGUGGGUUCGAGUUCACAUCAAAACACCGUUCAGGCCUAACCUCGUGUCUUUAAUGAGACCCGUUCUAACUCAGGAGUCUUGCUUCUCGUGGCACGAAGACAAGUGCUAUAUAAAGGUGCCAGAAUAUUACUACACGAACAAUUCGAUGGAGGACGAAAAUGACAAUGAGAUCAAUGUCAACAACAGAAGAAGGAUGCGUUACGUAGCGUACAACGUGCAAAACUACCUCACUAUUAUUUGCGUCAGUUUGUCCCUCGCAUGCCUGUUUUUGAAGGGUGUCGUGUAUGUGUUCUUUAAGAGUUCGCGUUCGUUUUCCACGCGGUGUACAUUGUGCUUGUCUUGUACAUUGUUCUGGAGUCACCUGUUCUUUCUGCUCGCCAACAGCUUUGACGUACACACGCUGGUGUGCGUUGUGUUCGCCGUUGUACUUCAUUACGGGUUCCUUUCCACUUUCUUUUGGACUAGCUUGCUAUCUUUCGACAUUUGGAAGAACGUCGCAUCGGCGCGAAUUUCUUCUAGCAAGCGUAGUGGCUUCCUGCUGUACAGUGUCAUAGCCUGGGGCGUCCCUCUGCUUAUAGUCGGCACAAGUGUGGCCAUAAACUGGGCCACUCCAGAGUUUGUGCUCUCGCCUCACUACGGUCGCUUCGGCUGCUGGAUAGGCAAUCUCUGGAGCCAGUUGGCGUUCUUCCUCGUGCCCAUGAUGAUUCUCCUUGUGCUAGACAUCGGUCUGUACGUGCACACCGUCGUAAAAAUUCGCAGAACAUCGAAGCGCGCCUCCAUAUUUGAGUUCACCGGUGGUGGAAGCUACUCCCACAUGAGACUGUACGUGAAGCUGGCUUUCAUCAUGGGCAUGACGUGGAUGCUCGGCUUUGUCAGCGCUUUCUUCAACGUGCUCGCCAUGGACAUUAUCGUCAUCAUCUUGAUCGGACUACAAGGGGUGUACCUGUUCUUUGGUUUCAGGGACUAUCAGCAUCUGAUUCCGAAGCGCUUCCGGAAAACGCGUAAGUGUGUUCUGUCUGCCGUACCUACAGUCAAGGCUCCAGUGGAAUCAACCGACGCGAGCAUCGAGGACAGAAACGUGAUUCGUCGAAGAUCUUCAAAUGGAGUGGCAAAAGUUCAGUGAAGUGCACGAGUGUUUGGGUGCCUCCUGUUAGCGCGCGAAUGUGGGACUGUUCACCACUGCGAGUGCUAUUUGCCCGUGCAAUAAGCGCAAAUUAGUCAAAAUGCAAAUUAGCUGCACGGUGAGCCACGAGACUAAACCAGUGACAUAACUGUGAACGCGAGGCAGACAGAAAUUGUGGCGCAUUGGAGGCACACCACAACGAGGUACCUUCAAAAACUGGUGCAAGACUGCUGUUCUGUAAGACAAGCGCAUAUACGUGCCUUCCAAUCAUCCUCACUAUCUGUUCGCGAACAAAGGACACAGCCUUUCUUUAUAAAGCACAAAUCACAAGCUUUGAGACCCACCACCACCGACACAGAAGGAUGAAAGCUUGGCAAUACUAAAUGGUUAUGUACGUGAAUAUCUCUUCAAGUGUUUAUCACAGAUGGCUCACGCUCCUAUUUUUGCUACGAACUUGGGUCUAUGGUCAAAAGCAGGUAGUACGAUCUAGCAAUUCAAGAAAACAAAGGCCAGAUAAUCGCGACUCUACGUAAUGCUAUCAAUGGCGACCAUUCCAAUGACAGGCAGUUCUUACUAAUGACAACAGUUCAGAAUGUCGUCUCUGCUCAGUUUGCUUUAGUGAUUUUAUUACUGCAAUGCCGCAUCGUAAUUCCUGUGCGAGCCAACUACGGGACCUUUAUGGUCCUGGCUGUCGUCAUGUAUUUCGGACGAUUACAGGGAUCGUUAUAGGAAAACCAACUUCGAGACGACGAUGGUGCUGGCGGUGGUCGUAUAUUUUGGGCAACUACGGGGAUCAUUAUUAUAUUUUUUAUGAACCAGCGGAUUGAAAUGGAACCUCCAAGAGACCUGAGCGCGUCUCGCCCAUGGAACAAAAAUAUGAAAUAAUGUUAAAAUGACAAAAAUAUACCAAUGUGAUGUUUCAGUAUUCCUAUUAUCUUUAGAAUAGGGAUCGUUGUCUCAGGCUAUGACGUCUUAGCAUUUCCUAAUGAAUGUUACAUUUUAGGUCCCCUUUUUUUGAAAGUUAUUACGAACUGGCUCUCCACGUCCCGACCAAUAAAUCAAGUUAAACCACUGCCCAGCUCUUGAUUUCGCAUCAAACAGCUCUCAACAUGGCGGUGUUGCCUUCUAUUUGAACACAAAGAGAAUCUAACCACGCAAACAAACCAAUUUUUUUCUGACAAAGUUAGCUUGUGGAAAGUCGUACAUGUAGUUUAGAACAUAACGUCAGCACGACGCAGAAGACUAAAAACAUAAGAAAGAGAGACAAACACGGCGUUUACUACCGAAAAUUCGUUCUACAAUUCAUGGCUUACGCUAUGCCAUCAAUUGUCAUUUCGUACAAACUUCCUCCCACCGCAGUUAUUAAGCUGGAUUACGAAGUCACACGACGGGUAAAAUUUGCCGCUAACUUAAAUAUGGCAAUAAUACUUUCUUGCGGACUAGGUUCAUGCUUGAACCUAGUCCGCAAAAAGCUUGAAAAAGAACAGGACGGGACACUGCGCUUUCUCCUGUCCUCUUCUUUCUUUUCUUGUGCAUCUUGCGCAGCACGUUUAUAUUUCUAUAUACGGCAUCGGUAGUGCCGAUUGUAUCGUGCCUGAUGUAGUUGAAGUAACACGAAUAGUGGAAGAGUUGGACUGAAUAAACUAAGCAAAAGGCAACUUACUGCCAGUAUGCCAACAAGCAAUUUGCAAUGAAUGACAACGUAACGAUUACCGGACAACUAAUAAAGGGCAGUGAAUAUUCGACAUGACAUAAACGGCGUUAAUCGGUGUUGUCACUGUGGCGACGAAGACUUGUGCCUCCUAUUGACGUGGUAAUUUGAGUCCUUUACUUGUAUUGGUGUCUGUAAAUCGCUCUUUAUUCAAUGGCGUUUUGUUCAGCUACAGCUACUCGUCCUUCAUACUUUAAGCUAGUUGCUUUACACGAACUCGGGUAAACCUGCCACUGCAUAGUUAAACGUUGAGCACACCACAGAACGUCGCUUUUUGACCCCUCCUUGGAGCCGGUUACGUAUUGCCAAACAUAUAUGGAACGUCAUCCUCGGUAACGACACACGUCGCGCCGUCGGUGCCAGGCUGCGUGCAACUUUUCCCUUCCAUAAGAUCCGAGAUCGCUCGUGAGGGGCAAGCAAAAAAUCGCCGACUAUCAGCAAGCACGCCAAUUCACAUUACGUGAGCUGCGACAAAAUAAGAUGCAUUCCAGAUGUGGUACGCUCACCGUAGGCUGAAAGCUGCAUAACAUGUUUUUUUUUUUUUUCUUCGGCAAGGUACGCACCAGAGAGCUGUCUGUACUAACCGGUGGUAAAAGCAAUUCAACCAAAGCCGGCAGUAUGGUUAGUCCGUUGCACUGCGGUACGUUGCUGCACAGUACGCCUCUUCUGAUAACAUUUUCAUGAAACAUAAAGAACCCUGAUGCUCCCGCAAAGAAAAGAGAACACGUAGUAGCGAAUCUGGAGCACAGUCUGAACAUAGGUACGCAAAACGAUGGCUAAGCGUUACAUCCGUGAUCGGGUUUGCCGAUGGCCAUCCGAUAUGAAGACAUCAUACGAGAAGACCUCUUACGCACGCUGCAGCUUUUUUUCUAGGUCGAAUUCUGAUGUGCUCAUUUCACAAAUUCACAGCAAAUAUCGUUCGCGGAAUCGCGCGCCAUGCGGAUGUUUUCCUGAGUAAAAGCGGUCAUCAAUCUGAGCGAUUUGCGACAACCUGUCGGGAAGCCGCAAGUUCCAGCACGUGCAUGCAAGCUCUGAACGACUACGAACCAACGAGAACACGCAAAGAGCUUUUGGCGAGAACACGAUUUUACCGGUUUGCGCAGUAACUGAGCAAACUUGCCAGUGAAUGGCUUCACGAACCUUUUCUGCAUAAUUGCGAGGGUCCUGAUAACGAAUAUGUCUUCAUUUUGAAAUAUUACUCCUAUGCAUAUACAAUGUACUACUCAGGGGAUUUAACAUUACACCGUUAUUUUACCUUUCCUUUUUCACAAGAUAUUUCAGUGCUGGUGUUUUGCGUGCCAGCACUGAAGGAGCCAAAUCUAAUUUAUUCUUGGCGCUGGAGAUUAUUGCAAAUUAUUACUCUUACUUCAUAGAUUUAACAGAUUAACAGAAGUAACAGAUUGUCUACGGAUUCUAGUGCUUCUUGUGUCCUAAUAUUUCAAACAUGGCUGGUGAGUGGUACCUUAAAGUUAGGCACUUGUGGAAUUAUGAAAAAAGGACCAACGGAACGCCGCAGUUCCAUGCUAACGUUAAGACAGAAAUGUUCAUAGUUUUCGUUUGGUAAAGAGAAUACUACCUCUUUUCGAAACGUUGGUGCCAGAAUGAUGCGUCUACCGAGCUUGUUUCUUGUUUAUUGCUUGUUUAUUUUUAUUUUUGUGUCCGCGUUAACGGAUGAGUAGUUCGUGCAUUCGUUUAUUGAUUCAUCACAAUACAAAAACAUCAUGAAAGGAGACCAAGCAGAAAAUUAGUUAAUCAAUGACUUGAAGGUUGAGAAGUUGAGAGAAGUUGAAAGCUUGGAGCUUCCUUCUUCACCUUCCGUCUUGCUCAAUACGUUCCUGUUGUUAUUUUCGUUCCUCUUGUCUCUUUGUUUCGUGUGCCUAUCUUUUCAGACCAUAAAUUCCUACCAACUGG